GAGGCGGCUUGGCCCUCGGCGGCCCCCGUCGGCGCGGCUUGGUUCGCUUCGCUUCCCCCACCCCCGCCUUGGCCGGGUGCUGGCGGCAGGAGCGCCUCGACACGGGGCCGGCGUCGCCAUGAGCCGCAGCUACAACGAUGAGCUGCAGUACCUGGACAAGCUCGACAAGAACUGCUGGCGGAUCAAGAAGGGCUUCGUGCCCAACAUGCAUGUGGAAGGCGUCUUCUACGUGAACGACCCGCUGGAGAAGCUGAUGUUCGAGGAGCUGCGCAACGCCUGCCGCGGCGGAGGUGCAGGUGGUUUUUUGCCUGCUAUGAAACAGAUUGGGAAUGUGGCUGCAUUACCUGGCAUUGUUCAUAGAUCAAUAGGUCUUCCGGAUGUCCAUUCAGGCUAUGGGUUUGCCAUUGGCAAUAUGGCUGCCUUCGAUAUGAAUGAUCCUGAAGCAGUGGUGUCACCAGGCGGUGUCGGGUUUGACAUCAACUGUGGUGUCCGCUUACUACGUACAAAUUUGGAUGAAAGUGAUGUACAGCCUGUAAAGGAGCAGCUUGCCCAAGCUAUGUUUGACCAUAUUCCUGUUGGUGUUGGUUCCAAGGGUGUCAUCCCCAUGAAUGCCAAAGAUUUGGAAGAGGCUCUAGAAAUGGGUGUAGACUGGUCUCUCCGGGAAGGCUAUGCCUGGGCAGAGGAUAAGGAGCACUGUGAGGAGUAUGGAAGAAUGCUGCAGGCUGAUCCCAACAAAGUUUCCUCAAGAGCAAAGAAAAGAGGCCUCCCUCAGCUGGGAACUCUGGGAGCAGGAAACCAUUAUGCUGAGAUCCAGGUUGUGGAUGACAUUUACAACGAAUAUGCUGCCAGGAAAAUGGGCAUUGACCACAAGGGGCAGGUGUGUGUGAUGAUCCACAGUGGCAGCAGAGGUUUGGGUCACCAAGUUGCAACAGAUGCAUUGGUGGCUAUGGAAAAAGCUAUGAAACGAGACAAAAUCAUAGUGAAUGAUCGCCAGCUGGCAUGUGCCAGAAUUGCCUCUGCAGAAGGACAGGAUUACCUUAAGGGAAUGGCAGCUGCUGGGAACUAUGCAUGGGUCAACCGCUCUUCUAUGACUUUCUUAACAAGACAGGCCUUUGCUAAAGUCUUCAACACAACCCCAGAUGACCUUGAUAUGCAUGUCAUCUAUGAUGUAUCUCACAACAUUGCCAAAGUUGAGCAACAUGUAGUAGAUGGAAAAGAGCGGACACUGCUGGUGCACAGGAAGGGAUCAACUAGGGCCUUCCCUCCUCACCAUCCACUUAUUGCUGUUGAUUAUCAACUGACUGGACAGCCUGUUCUGAUUGGUGGGACUAUGGGUACCUGUAGCUACGUUCUUACUGGCACAGAGCAAGGCAUGACUGAGACCUUCGGAACUACUUGUCAUGGAGCUGGUCGUGCACUGUCUCGAGCCAAAUCUCGACGUAACUUGGAUUUUCAGGAUGUAUUGGACAAACUGGCUGACAUGGGCAUUGCCAUCCGUGUUGCUUCUCCCAAACUGGUUAUGGAAGAAGCACCAGAGUCUUACAAGAAUGUGACAGAUGUGGUAAACACCUGCCAUGCAGCUGGCAUCAGCAAGAAAGCCAUUAAAUUGAGACCUAUUGCUGUUAUUAAAGGCUAGGAACUGACAAGGCAGCAGAAACCUACUGAUAUCUCCAAGCCUUCCACAAAACUGACUAGAAUCAUCAUCUUCCCACACCUCUUGGACUCUGUAGGAUGGUCAGAUAUCACAUCCCUGUUCUGGAAGUACAGGCAAUUGAGGAUGUCCCUAUCUUUAACCACUCCUAGACAUAAUUAAUAUCCCCCCUGCUUCCACCUCCUUUUUUAUAUGAUGCUCUUAUGAGGAAAGAGAAAAAAAAAAGAAAAAAGAAAAAAGAAAAGAAAAAGAAAAAGAAAAUCUGGUUUUGUAUAUGGUACAAACUGUGCCUGAUGAUUCCAGUGGUGGCACUUCAGGCUGCUCGAGUUAUCACUAAUUGCUAUGCUGCAAGACCACCUCCUUCAGCAAAGAGGGCAUAUGAACCAGAUCUGCUGCCUCCACACCUGAGGGUCUGGUACUCUUUCUGCAUAUAGAAGUACUCUGGAAGGUAGGGUAUAGCCCAUUUGGGCAGGGAGAGGUUGCUCUUUUUGUAGAGGGUUCAAUGUGUGGUCUACAUUGUUGCAUGUAUUGUGGUAACUGAGUAAGAAAUACCAACUUGGGAGUGGUCUCCCAGUUGAAAACAACUAGCUAGGCUUGAGGCACAGUCCUCUCCUCUUCCCCCACCAUCUCUGCUUUAUCACAUCACCUGCUGUACUGACUCAGUACAGGAAGGUGUUCCACAAAGUCUUGUGGAAAUGCAAGUAGGAUUGAAUAUGUUGUUUUGAAAGGUUUUGUUUGCCCUGUUAAAAGUUGUGACUUAACAACUGAUAGAGGUGGGCUAAUCCAACGUUUUGCAAAGACCUAAGCAUGUAAAAUUUGGAUCAGAGAAUAUUGCUGCAUCCUGCAGCUCUCUGAUUUGAGUCCAGUAGCAAGGUCAGGCCCAAUAUGGUUUGACUGUUCUCAGUCAAUUAUUUUUUUUCACAUUCACUAGCUAAGGCUGGAGGGGGGGGGCUGACCAUCAAAAUUGGAAUAUGUGGAGGACUUACAAAUAAAAUGGGAAGAUAAACAUU